AGAGAGAGAGAGAGCGCAGAAGAGAAAGGGAAAAAAAAAAGAAAACUUCCUCUUAUGAUUUUGAGCAUGUUGUAGGCUCUGAUAUAGACAUAAUGUAGGGAGGGUCUCUGGAGAAAUCAGUCCUCUCGGAUGAGAUUAGGGGGAGUGUCUGAGGCUUGGAUCUCAGACCAUUGAGAGAGUCGGAUAAUCACCAAUGAAGCCCCACCUCGGGAGAGAUAGAGAUAGUUCAGGGGCUAUCUUCAGGCCUGCCACAGACACAGGCACACACACACACACUUACACACUCACACUCAGUAGCUGGAGUGUGUCACUCUAAUGUUGGAAGGAUGGUGUUUGCCACAAACUCAUCUGAUACUGGGAUAGCAGACUGGAAGGCUCUAAACACAAGUCAGGUCUCUGAACUGGUGCACCUUACACAGAGGAAAAAGCUGUCCUAUAAAGUUAUAAAAGACAUUGAGCCAGGAGAAGAGUUGUUGCUUUAUAUGAAGGAGGGGAAUUAUUCCCCAGGAAACAUGCCCCCGAAUAUUGAUGAAGAGCACACAUUCCGCUGUGAGGAGUGUGAUGAACUCUUUCAGUCCAAGUUGGACUUGAGGCGGCACCAGAAAUACGCCUGCACCACAGUCAACCACAUAUACGAGUCGCUGAAUGAUGAAAUCAAGCAGGAGGGAUUCGAUAAUGAACAAGUGCACGAGUGUAAAGACUGUGAACGCCCUUUCCCCAACAAAUACAGUUUGGAGCAGCAUAUGAUAAUCCACACGGAGGAACGCGAGUACAAAUGUGAUCAGUGCCCUAAGGCCUUUAACUGGAAAUCAAACUUGAUUCGCCAUCAGAUGUCCCACGACAGCGGCAAGCGAUUUGAGUGUGAAAACUGUGUAAAGAACGAGUCGUGGGUACCAAGUGACCUCCAUCCCAGAUUACCCAUUAAUUUGAACUGCAACAACAACUCUGAAGCGGAUGAGCACACACCUAAAGUAGACGUGUUCACUGAUCCCAGCAACCUCCAGAGACACAUCCGUUCACAGCAUGUUGGAGCUCGUGCACAUGCUUGUCCUGACUGUGGCAAAACCUUUGCCACUUCAUCAGGCCUCAAACAGCACAAGCACAUUCAUAGUACUGUCAAACCUUUCAUAUGUGAGGUCUGCCAUAAAUCGUACACACAGUUCUCCAACCUGUGCCGGCAUAAACGAAUGCAUGCAGACUGUCGUACGCAGAUUAAAUGCAAGGACUGUGGACAAAUGUUCAGCACUACCUCCUCUCUUAACAAACACAGACGCUUCUGUGAAGGCAAAAAUCAUUACAACCACGGUGGGAUUUUUGCUCCUGGUCUACCCUUAACACCAAGUUCGUUGAUGGACAAAUCCAAACCUUCACCAAACCUUAAUCACUCGAGUUUGGCUUUUAAUGAAUACUUCCCUUCCAGGCCUCACCCAGGAAGCUUUGCUUUCUCCCCUGCUCCACAUCCAUUUCCAACCCUGGCACCUGGAUUUCCAGGGAUUUUUCCCCCAGCUUUGUACCCCCGGCCUCCAUUAUUACCUCCUUCCCCUCUACUUAAAAGCCCUUUAAACCAUACGCGAGAAGCAAAGCUUCCUAGCCCCAUAGGAAAUCCUUCUAUACCCUUAAUGUCCUCUUUAAAUAGCAGCAACAACAAAAUAUCUGUAGAGGACAAAUUUGAAAACAGCAUGGAAAACUCCUACUUGGAAAAGCAUAAAUCCAGGAGCAGUGACCUGUCUGACGGUAGUGAUUUUGAAGACAUCAACACAACCUCCGGAACAGAUCUAGAUACAACCACUGGCACUGGGUCGGACUUAGACAGUGAUGUAGACAGUGAAAGAGGAAAGAACAAAGAAAAACGCAAACCAAUGGAAAACAAGCAAGAUGUUGUCAGUAGUUCUGUAUCUAGAAACUCAAAUAAUAACCUAGGUGAAAGACCGUUUUUCUACUCACAACAUUCCUUCUUUCCUCCCCCAGAAGAGCAACUGCUUCCAUCAAUUGGAGCAGCUAAUGACUCUAUUAAAGCUAUUGCAUCCAUAGCGGAGAAAUAUUUUGGACCUGGAUUUAUGGGAAUGCAAGAGAAAAAAAUGGGUGCCCUCCCUUAUCAUUCCAUGUUCCCAUUUCAAUUUCUUCCUAACUUCCCACAUUCUUUGUACCCAGCUUUUACAGACAGGACAAUGAACCAUAACUUACUGGUAAAAGCUGAACCAAAGUCACCCAGGGACCUUCAGAAAGUUGGCAGCACUAGUUCAGAAUCACCAUUUGAUCUCACCACCAAGCCAAAAGAGAUUAAAUCAGCCUUAAUUCCACCUAGGGUUUUGGCACCACAGUCCUCAGGGGAGGAACAGCCAUUGGACCUCAGCAUUAAUAAUAGAAGUCGAGCCAGUCAGAAUGGGGCAAGGGGAAGUCGGAGAAACCAUAUUUACGGUGACAGGAAACUGAUGACAAAUGAUAUGCUAUCAAAAGUUCCUCAUUCACAGCUUCCACAGCAGCCACCUCUCCACUAUGCAAAACCUUCACCGUUUUUUAUGGAUCCGAUAUACAGCAGGGUGGAAAAGCGGAAGGUAACAGACCCUGUGGGCGCUAUGAAGGAAAAAUAUUUACGACCAUCGCCAUUGCUUUUUCAUCCACAGAUGACGGCCAUUGAAAAUAUGACUGAAAAGCUGGAAAAUUUUGCCAACUUAAAAGCAGACACGGGAAGUACCUUACAGCCGCUUCCACAUCAUCCAUUUAAUUUCCGCUCCUCGCCCACCGCCCUCUCAGAUUCAAUAUUAAGGAAAGGAAAGGAAAGGUACACCUGCAGGUACUGUGGCAAAAUCUUUCCUCGAUCAGCCAAUCUAACAAGACAUCUCAGGACCCACACAGGAGAGCAACCAUACAGAUGUAAAUAUUGUGACCGGUCAUUUAGUAUCUCCUCCAACCUUCAGCGGCAUGUUCGGAACAUUCACAACAAGGAAAAACCAUUUAAAUGCCACUUAUGUAAUAGAUGUUUCGGGCAACAGACAAACCUGGACAGACACCUCAAGAAACAUGAACAUGAAAAUGUUCCAGUGAGUCAGCACUCCGGAGUCAUUACAAACCACCAUGGGACCAACGUCUCCUCCCCCAACUCCGAAUCCGAAAACCAUGCACUUUUAGACGAGAAAGAAGAUUCCUAUUUCUCAGAAAUCCGAAACUUUAUUGCAAAUAGUGAGCUGAACCAAACGGCGAGUCUGGCAGAAAAAAGGGCAGAAAUCCAGGAUGUAGACAGUUCUAAAUGCCUCAGCUUGGUCAACCAGAAAACAGAUGAUGUAGAUGAGGAAGAAGAUGAUGACUUAGAAGAAGACUAUGAAGAUGGAAGUUUGACAGGGAAGUCACAAGAUGAAACUGUCUCGCCUUCCAUGGAAAACCAAGAAACAUAUGAAGAGGAUGAGGAAGAUGAAGAACCCACAUCCCUCACAAUGAGCUAUGAUCACGCCCGCAGGUGUAUUGAGGAGGAAGAUGCCGGCUUGUUAGAUAUGGAACAGAUUCCGAAUUUUGGGAAGGGGCUGGACCUUCGAAAAACAGCAGAGGAAGCAUUUGAAGUUAAAGAUGUGUUUAAUUCCACCUUAGACUCUGAAACAUUAAAAGAAACUCUGUACAGGCAGGCUAAAAACCAGGCUUAUGCAAUGAUGUUAUCCCUUUCUGAAAAUACUUCUCUUCACACUUCUUCCCACAAUUCCCUGGACGCUUGGUUGAACAUGGCUGGAGCUGCACCAGAAUCAGGGACUUUCAAUUCAAUCAACCAUUUGUGAACACAGAAGUCACAUGUAACCAAGUUUUUAAAACAUGCCACAGUUUCAUACCUAUCCAACACAAGAGAAAGCAGAAUGGAAAGUGAAGAGAUCAAGUGGUCCUCUUGGUCUCUAGGGGGCAAACAUUAUGUGUCCCCUGUAUAAUUUCAGUUGUCGUAUUUUCCAUGUAUUGUUGGUCCUUUAAAGCUACCACUUGAUUAUACACAAAAGAAAAUGUUGUGUAAACCACAGGUUCCUGUUCAUGCCUUUACUCAAAGAUGGAUGCGAAGCACUGAAAGCCUCUAUAAAAGCAUGGUUUUGAGUUAAUAAAUAACACAAUCCUGCAAACGCCUGUAGAAGUAAGUUGAACCACUAGAAAUAUUUUAGAAAAAAGUACCAUUUUAAAUCUUCAAAACGUUAAUUUCCAUGCAAAAAUGCAAAAAUGUUUAUGGUGCUGUUGAAAAAUUAUUUAUAUAAAAUAGAUUACAAUAUUGUCAAGUUAUAUACCAAGUCAUUUGUUCCAUCGAAAGUAUAGAUUACUGUUUAAAUAUAAGACCUGCACUGGGCUAAGUUCACCUGUGUGCCUGACAAGUUACUGUAGUAGAGGGUUGCUAAAUGUAGAGUACAAAUUAGACAUAAAUGUGAUAUUUCCAAAUAAAUUAUGAAAGAAAAUUUUGGUCAAAUUUCAGUUAAACACUAUCGGGCAAAGGAAAAGGCAACUGUGAUAAAUACAGAAGUCAGCUAUUCCUGGGUGCCCUUAUUAUCAUGUGAGAACUGGAUUUAUUUUGCCUUUGAAAUUAUGAACUAUUUCAUUCUCAUGGGCACAUAAACUGGUUACAAAUCGCAUCAGCCUGCAAUCAACAAUUGCAAUAUUUUUAUAGUUCAAAGUCUUUUUUUUAUUUAAUGAGCUAGCACAGUAAUAAUCAACAUAAAGG